AUGCGCUUGUGUAAGACACUUAUGAUCGGAUUUUUCCGACCAGAGAACGGGAAAAAAGGGUUUUUUCAUAUCGCACACGUCCAAAACAAAGUAUUUAUAAUGAAUACUUUCACUGCUUUGACGCGCAAACCAAGCAAUGGUAUCAAUGAUAAGAUCCUAUGCACGAAUCACAUUGACACACCCGAUCUACAGACGCCAACAAAUCCUAGCCUAUCCCCACUCACAUGGGACAUUAUUCCAGACAUUAGAUUAGAAGACUAUGACUUCGACUCUUUGGAUGAUGUGUCGUUCGAUGGCAUAGUAAUUUCACCCAACAGCAAGUACCAAACUUCAAGUACAAUCUCUCCAGUUUCUGGUCAAAUUCAGUCCAACAAUGGUCAACAAUCGUCUAGCGAUCCGUUUGAAAACUUGCUGAAAUCAAACUUACACUCUGUACGAUCUAAACCUAUUGAAAUCAUCUCACCUCCUCGUACUGAGUUUCGUCCUCGUACAGAACGAGAAAGUCGAGAUUCCUCGCACUUCCUACGAUGCAACAAGACAAGUAAACACGAACAUCCUACCAUAAAACUUCAAUCAAAUUGGCAUCCCGGCCAAAACAUUAUCAAAGUGACUCUUGUCAAGGUGGAUCAUCAACCUCAUGUCUAUACACUCGAGAACAAAGAACGUAAAACUUCGCCUUCUGUAUUCAAGACAAACGAGUCACAUACCCUUUACUUCCAUUUGACCAAAGAAGAGUGUGAAAAAGGCGAAAAAACACUCCACAUCGAGUUCAUCAAAGGGAAACAAGUUGGUGAAAUCACCAAAGAAAAAAUUUCGAAGGAACAACUGAACCUAUCCAAACUUUCUUUUACAUGUAUGUAUCAUCUUUCUGAUGGCACCUAUGUAGCCGAUGAAGAUACUACUGCUUAUUCUGAUACAAUGGCUGAGAAAUACGGUGAAUUCAAAAUCUUGGAUGUCUUUCAAAAGUAUGGCCCAAUGUGCGGCAAUCAAAAGGUGUGCAUAGAAACCAAGGGCCCUCUCCCGAAAGACUACAAACAAAACCUCGCUUUGAUAAUUCAAGAUAACGGUCGUGAUUUCUUGAUUCCCGUCAAAAAGAUGCAAAAGAACGGAAACAACUUCACCUUCCUCAUGCCGAAAUAUCUGAAUCCAUCCUGCGAGCGUGCCACUGUUCGUAUCAGGAUCGAAUACGAGCAAGAUGUGAUCUACGAAGAUGGCUAUACGUAUUUGAGAAGUUUAGAUCGAGAAUUUGCGAACAACCAAACAGACGGAUACGUUGCGCCGAGUACAAUUACUGGACAGCUGCAUGGCGAUUACUCUCAAGUUUUCGAUUUUCUCACCGAUACGUUGGCAAUAAGUCCGCCGGCGAAACGCCCUCGAUCGUCAUGA